UGCCUGAUUAGCCGGAAGAAAGCGAAGGCGCAGCCAAUGAGGUGACGUGCGUCUUACAAAGUCUGAAGCGGCGUGUGGUAGUGAUGGGACCUCUUCGUUUGCUAUAGAGACUAAAGAAAAGAUAAAAUUGUAUUAUUUUAACUGUAAUUAGUGACACUUCGGACCGAAAGUGCCAUAGGGUCUCGAUUCAGCGGAGCCUUCAAAGUGUGCUUUAUGUUUGCCUUUAAGAUCCUGCAUCAGUUUGGUAGGCUGGGGUGUCAGUUUGACUCGGCAUGGCGUGUGUGGAUGCUCACAGUCGAAACGUGUUAAAGAAAGCCCCACUUAUCGACACACGGAAUGUGCCAUGCGGUACACCUAGUAAAGCUGCUUCAAAGCCAGCCGCCCCCAGGAAUGGGGGCGAGAACCGGGACCCUCUUGGUCAUGCCAGUGGUUUGGGGGCCACAGUGUCAAACAAGUGCCCAGGAGUCAGUAGGAUACCGGUGCCUGUUAAAUCCCAGCACUUAAAAACUCUGACUGAUGCCACCCAAGUACAGAGGAAGCCACAGGACACCACAAAGAAUAAACUUCAGAAGAAGUCCUGCACCAAGCCAGUGCCCUUCAACCUGUCUCAGCCCCGCACUGCCAGGUCUGCUGCCACGGGGCAGGGGAAGCCCCCGGCGGGCCAGAACCCUGCAGCGCCGCAGCCAGGACCCGGUGCUGGCAGCCGGACCGCCAAGGCCCCGAGCGUGGCUCACUCUCUCAGUACUACUGUUAGCUCUGGCGGGUCGGACAAACUAGGAAUUGUGAGGACCGUGGACUCCAGCAGUCUGCCGGGCCAGACAUCACCCCCUGACAGCACGGUGUGCCAGGCUCUGCCCUUAGGUCACAGCACAGCCAGCAGUCUGCCGGGCCAGACAUCACCCCCUGACAGCACGGUGUGCCAGGCUCUGCCCUUAGGUCACAGCACAGCCAGCAGUCGAACCUCCCCCCCGAUUCCAUGCACACUACAGCCCAGCACCCAGUUUGGCCCUCCCUGCCAGGCUACAGCAGACCGUUCAAACCCAGCUGUUCAGAAGCCGCUUAUCCCUCCGGUGGCACAGACUGUGUUGCCUUCUGGCUGUUUGAAGCCCCCCAACAAUCAGGUGAGCCCCCCUGAAGCAGGUGGAACAGCCGACGGCUCAAGAGGAUCCCAGACAAGUUCGCAGGAUUCCACAAAGUCCUCUCAGAUGAGUGCAGGGCCCGCAGUGACAUUCUGUCCCGACCCGACAGCCGUUCCCCUGAGACCUGCACCAUCCCCAGGGGCCACACCACGGCUCUCUGCCAACACCCCCAGAGAAGGCGGCGUCUACCUGCCUCAGAGGGUACCUGUGAGAGGUCGCCGGGGGGGGGCCCCCGACACAGGGAACGCGAUGCUGUUUUCCCCUGACCCUGCGGCCCUCAUGAGCAUCCUGCGGAACGAAGGGGUGCGAGCGGGGGAGACCCUUCGAGGCUCUGUGUGCUCGAUGGGCCGAAGCAGCUCCAACUACCUGCCGCAGAGAGUCCCCAUCACAAGGUCUCGCCAUGCGACAGGGCUCCUCGCAGGACCCCCACUGGCUGAGUCCAUAUCUACCCGCACCCCCACGAUACGGUGGACACCCCAGCGAGUCCCCAACACACGGCCACAGUCCAUGCUUCACCUGACCCAUCGGACACCCAUCCUAAGACGUACCCCCAAGUUGGAAUCAAUCCAGGGCUUCAGCUCAGCUCUCACAUCCUGCAAAGAGGUGAACGUAGUCCAAAGGCUGUUUGAAGAUGUGGAGGAGGAGGAGGUGAUUGUGGUGCAUUCGGAAAGGAAAAACACAGACUUCCAAAAGGAUGGCUUUUCAGAGCCAAAAGCUACAGUGUUUCCCUCAGCUGAGGCGGAGACGGGGCCUGUUGAGGGGGUGGGACCGACUGACAAGCCCUGCAAGGGUCAGCCCUUUGUCCAGGCCCUGCACCGGGGCUCUGUCAUAGUCUUCACCCAAGGUGGGAAGGUUCUGCAUUCCCCCGGACCGACAGAAGGCCUUCAGGUCCAGCAGGCCAACAGCAGCACGGCUCCUCGGGACCCCCCCGUGCACGGACCGGGCCAUGCCAGGCUGCGUGCCUUUGCUUCCCCAGGUGGCGCUCUCCAGAGGCCCGCUCGCAUGGGGCUUGCUGCCUCAGCCCUGCGCCGCCGGCUGCAGCCCCUGGAGGAGAUCCUGCUGGAUGAGGAGUGUGCCAUGUACACCUGCCAGCCGUCUGCCUCCAUGCAGCCUCUCCGGUCUGGAAACCCAGUGGCUACCACUCUGCACUUCAAGGAUUCUAUGUGUUUUGCUCCAGUCUCACUGCCUUCCCUUUCAUUUGGCUAGUUACCCUCUUCCCAGAAUGCCACCAGUGUUUCCAGUUGUGGUUUCACCACUGAUCAUUCAAGACAGUCGGAGUCCAACAGUCACAACCACUUGCCAGUUUACUGAAUAUUACCCUCCCACCACCUCUACUAAUUGUUCUCACUCCUCAUUGUACUCAGAUUUGGGAACAAGUUAAAGCAGAUCUUGUUUUUCACCACCAUCAUGCAGAAAUAACAUAAUUUUGAGAUUGAUGUUGUCAUAGAUAACCAUGAGAGGGACUGCUAGUUAUCCGCUUGCGUCUCUCUAUCUUAUAACUGCUUGCUGUUUGGUUACAACAUUCCCGGAUUUGCAGUAACUUUAAUGGGAUCAACAGGUGGUUUGUUAAAGCUACAGGAAGAGAAUGUAUCUCCCUUUAUCACUUCAGCCAUUUUGAGUUCUUUUUGCCUUUUUAAAUAGGCUUUUUUGGACUGGUGCAAUUCCCCUAGAUUUUCAAAGAUCACGCAGGGUACGGCCCUUGGGCUUUUCCUUGGAAGAGAACCGCCAGACCUCGUGGUUGUGCGUCUUAGUCAAGAUGCGUGUGGCAAUGGCAGAAAGAAAAAGCAGGAGGUGAUGUUGCAGCAGCAGGUCCAAUCAGAACAGCACAUGAUCACAGUGACCACUGCAACUGGCUCUAUGCUCCAUGUCUAGCCGUCUGUUUUCCCAGUGUGAGGAAUCUCUAGGGUUUUCCCCGGACAUGACAGGAGAGUCUUCCCAGUAGCAGAUGAGACCCAUGUAUGAUAAAAACGUCCAAGUGAGCAGCCGAUGCAGAAGCACAGUGGAUGAGACCCCCCCCCCCCCACUUUAAUCCUUGUUCAUUGUCAAUUGUCUUGUUUCCAACACUAAAUGGAAUAAAUACACCGAUCAAACAUUCUUUGCUAAAAGGCUGUUUCCAUCCAUCCAUCACUGUGCUCCUCUCCUUCACCUCAUGCUUUUGUAUCUUUAGAGUGUCAUUGAGUUACUCCCCAUGUUAUUUUGUACCUCUCUGCCCCCCCCCCCCCCCCCGUAUCGGAUGUUGCAAGAAUCACUUCUGCACAGUGUAUAUAACAGCUAGUGUUUACAAUAAAGUGUACUUAUCUUUUUACUAUAAUGUAAUAAAAUGUUAAUCUUUUUCAUUGA